AUGGAAACACUUCGGCUUCACAGCUUCAAAUUGUGUGUUGCUCCCAGUAGAAUUUUCUCCGGCAUGGAUGAGGAUGUUAAGUACGUAAACUCUUUACAUGGCUUGGCGCUUUUUGUCGGCUACCACAACGAUGCAUUUGCGUUGCCCGCGGCAGAGUUUAUGGAGCUCAAACCCAAUUCCAUUUACUUCACGAAUGCACCUACUGGUGGCCAUGACAUCGCCAUUUUCGAUUAUAAAAACAAGAUUGUGUUGCCAUGCUAUUAUCCAUGUGAUGUCAAGAACAUGAGAAAGACUUUCCCAGCGCCUACUUGGUUCUUCCCAAGUCGUGCAUGA